UGUUGAUAAGCGUUAAUAAGGACAUCUGGACAUUUAAAUUUUUUAAAUUGUAAAACAUUUCUAAUCGGCGACUGUUACUUAUUCAACGAUUUUAUCAAUCAAAAUGAAUAAUUAAAAUGUUUUUUUAUGAUGUUAUUAUUAAUUUUAAAAAUGUUUUGAAUUCAAGUAUAUUGUAGUCGUUAUGAAUUCAGAUUUACCGCCAUAUUGUCAACCUGGACCAUCCACAUCAAAAGAUGAAAACCAUUCACGAACAAGCACUGAUGAAGAACUCCAGUUCCCUCCUUACCACUUUCAACUGGAUUCAGCACAACCGUCCACAUCUGCUGCACAGCUUACUUAUCCAGUGCCUCUAUCACCCUGGCCAAACAGUCAAAGUUUUCCUUCAUAUAUGCCAAUAGCGGUAAAUCCUACACAGCCAUUUUACCCAUCAACCUCUAGCUUAAGACUGCCACCUGCUGAACAAGUACCACCAAAUUGUUUAGAUUGGACCAUUAAUCCUAUUAAACCUCCACCGCAACAGUUUAAAACUACGUCGGAGCCAUUGUUCGCACUUGGAUAUAAUUCAACCAUAUCAGAAAAUUGGAUGGAAGGAGAUAAAGGUCUACAAUACAGUAUCAAAAAUUUCACAUUUUGUACUAAAAGAAUUAACAGUUCAAAAGCAACUACUAGCUCCAAUCAAGUAAAUCAAUAUGACUCUUUGCUCGUCUCCAUCCCACAGGCUCUAGAAGGAGAUUAUCAUUACUAUGUAUGGCCUGCGUCACCUGUACUUGCAUGGAUUAUAUGGGAACAUAGACUUGAAUUGCCUGGUAAAAGAAUAUUAGAAGUUGGUUCUGGAACUUCUUUACCUGGUAUAGUAGCUGCUAAAUGUGGGGCUAUUGUUACGUUAACUGAUGAUCCCACAAUACCUGGAACUAUUAAACAUGUUCAGAAGUGUUGCUAUAUGAAUGGCUUAUAUCCCGAACAAAUAAGAGUACUUGGAUUACAAUGGGGCUACUUUUUCCGUGAAACUUUAAACAUUGGACCAUUUGAUUUGAUUAUUGGAUCAGAUUGUUUUUACGAACCAAACAUGUUUGAGGAUCUAAUUGCAACUAUAUCAUUUUUAUUAGAACGUAAUCCAUUGGCCAAGUUUAUGACAACAUAUCAUGAAAGAGAUCCAGAAUACGGAAUUGAUGAACUUGCUGCAAAAUGGAAACUUAAUUGUACACACAAACCACUUGAAGACUUGGGUCAAAACAAUGAGCUAGAUAUUUAUGAACUUAUGAAAGGAAAUGAUAUACAUUUAAUAGAAAUUACCAAAAAAGUAUUAAAAAAAAGUGAAACCUGAUAUUAUUUUAUGUUAUUCAUAGUGAUUUAUUUUAUUCCGUCCAGAAUUCAAAAUAUUUAAUUAGAAGAAAUCAAACUAACAAUUAUCUUUUAAUAUUAAGAAAUUAUAAUUUUUAAAUUCAGAACAUGUUACCUAUUUAAGUAAAUAUUUUUUUUUUUUUUUAAUAUUUUGUACUGAUAUUGUUAAUAUUGAUUUUAAUUGUAUAAACAAUUUUAUAUUUGUA